AUGUCUUUUGCGCUCUUUAGACAAAUCCUCCCGUUGAUCAUCACCCUCUGUGUCGUCGGCGGCAUCGGCUUCGUCCUCUACCACGUCUACCUCAGCGUCACCAAGAUGGGCGAGACAGCCUCGCAAAAGAUGGGGAAGAAGAACGUUGUCCUCACGAAGGACGGCAUGCGCGUCGGUGUCAAGAACGUCAGAAACGAAAGAUAUGUCGACCAGACCCAGAGCUACGUCGUAAAAGCGUGGAACCUCGGCCAAGCACAAGACGAUAAAAAGGCCAACUAA